AGUGAUUUUGUUGGACUGAAAAUCCCCAAAAGCCAAAACCAAUUGAUCGCUGCAGCGGAGAUGAAAAUGAGCGAAAUCGAGGAAUCAGGAAGAAGCUUGUGGCAUUCUGUGAAAAAGAGUUUUCAUCUCGACGAUUAUUCCAAAAUUUUAAACCCUGAUAGACCUUUGUCCCAUCGGAGUAGUGCCGCCGUCCAGCAGUUCAUCACAUCUGAUCCCGUCCACGGACCUGCGCUGAAGGCUGCAGAGGAAGCAGCUAACUUUGCUUAUGUAGGUGCUGCUGUUGGAGCGAUUACAACUGGUGGAAAUGCUUGGAGGUGGUCAAAGAGCCCUCACGGUACUGUGUUGUCUUUUGCUUUUGGAGCAGUAGUCGGAUUCACCUUGGGAGCUGAGGCUGCUAACCACUGGUACCAGUUAUAUAGGCUGGAUACAGUUGGAGCACAGGUUAAAUUCAAUGAGUGGUUGCAGAAGAGAACCUGAGGAGAGCCUUUAAUUUAGGCCAUAGAAACACCAAAUGGAGCACCCCUUGCAGUAAUAAUGAGAUUUGUCUCUCUAUCUCUCUUGUUUGCUCUUUGUUUUUGCAUGUAGGACUAAUGUCCUGUUUCACCUAGUCGUUUUCAAAUAGUGUUUAUCGUGUUACUUCCCUGGGUUCUCGUCUCGGAAUAGAAUGUAAAUGCUGGUAAUUAUACUCCCUCCAUCCCCAAACAAUAAUCUUUUAUUUAUGACAAUUUUUUCUUUCUUAUAAA